UUUUACCGGUCGGUCCGGACGGCGAUAGAAUAGAAAGACGACGGCGACGACGACGGUAGGCAGGAGAGUUAAUAUUUCGCACAAGGAAAUACCGAUGUCGGUUGGAAUAUCCCUUCGGCGUAUUGUUCCUGUUUUAUGAGUUGUGCCGCCUUAGAAAUUUAAAUAUUGUAUCUAAUAGUGCUUGACUGAGGCGGUGCUUUACACAAUCGUCGUGAAUGUUCGUGACACGUGAAAAUUUGCCCAGUUGAGAGUAUCGUGCAUUCGAUAUAGGACGGAUAAUGCUUUGAUUAUUGACUAUCGCGGAUUAACCUUCGGCUAGGUCGUAUCCAAUCAAACAUUCCGGCUAAUAAUUGCACCGUUACAAUUUCGAACAACUCAUCGCCUUGGCAGGUGGGACGACCGUACAACGACAGGGAGCCCACCAAAGGCGACCGAAGACGGCGAAGAUUUGCCAAUCCGAGGCUGACGUGAUGAUCGACAACGAUGACGAGGAGGAUUAUGAAGGAUACUUCCUUCGUCCCGCCAACGAGUACAACAUUAAGGAGAAGAUUAAGUUAGCCAACCAGGAAUCAUUUGCCAUUCCAACGCCUCCGUCUCCAAAAUAUUCAUCUGGAGAAAGGAGGGUUACCUUUCGGGCACAGCUGGUGGAUUACGAGCCGGACGAAUACAGUGACGCCGAGGAAGAGGGCCGAUACGCCGCCACGAAUGGUGUUGCGCACGAAGGAUCAGAAUCAUCACCCGAGUUGAACGACCGUUCGCAAAGUAAAAACCCCGCCGGCGACAUGGACGAGGUAGACGAAGACAUCAUCGAAGAACUCAGCAUCAACGAACCACCCGAGGAGGACAUCGAAUCCCACGUGGAAACGGUACAGGACGACGAGGACCAAGAGGAGGAAGAAGAUGAAGAACAGGAACCAGAGGACGAUGAAGAGCUGGACGAGGAAGUAACCGAGUCCAGUUUGGACACGGAAAUUCACAACCCCGAAACGGCAAGCGAAGACAGCAGCAGUCCUAGCAAGGCUCGCGCAAGCGAGGAAGGAUCUGGUUCCGGAGAUGGUCAGGAAGUCAACUACUCUGAGGAUUCGCAAAACGAUGACGAAAAUUCCGAGGAGAGGGCAAUUCUGAAAGAGCAACUGAUGAGAGAAUCGCUCUCAUAUGACAAUGAAGGCGAGGAGAAUGAGGAUGAAACUCAGGACCAAUAUGAAGACGAUGACAAUGACGAUGAAGAUGAUAGUCCCGUGCAGGCUCAUUUGGGCAAAAGAUCUGCAAAAUGCCAGCGAAAGUGCUGUCGGUUCAAGAAGACCGUCAACGAGAAACUACCAUACUACAAUGGCUUCCACUCGGAGUACGGGUUGUCCAAGGCGGAAUUGGAUGCGAAACAGAAACGUGUCGAGGCUAAGAAGAAGCGGUUUCAGGAACGUUACCAGCGGAAGGUGGAAGAACAGCAGAUCAAAGCGCAGACUAACGAAGAGGCUUUCGCGACUUGGUUGAAUAAGAAGCUGAAGAGUUCCAUCAAUAAAUAUCAGAAUAUGUACGAUUUCAAGGGAAAGAAACAUAAAAAAAGGCUUUCAAAGGAUGAAAGCGAAAUGACGGAGGUAGCAUGAAAUUAUAAUUUAUUUAUUCAUCGAGUGUGGUUUGAUGAUUGUGGCAACCGUCCAGCAUUAA